AUGGAGCGGUCUACAGUGCUAAGCAACAGUGGGAAAAGCGUGCAGGAUAGCAUUCGCACCAGCGAUGGCUCCUUCAUUGUUAAGUACGAGAAUCCAGUCAUUCGGCGCAUUGAAGAGCGCGUGGCUGCUUGGACCUUCCUCCCCAUCGAGAACCAGGAGGCGAUGCAAGUGUUGAGGUACAGGGACGGGCAGGAGUACGGCGCACACUGGGACUACAUCGAUCCUGCCAAGGCACCCACCCCAGGUGGCCCUCGCUACGCCACAGUGCUCAUGUACCUCUCUAAUGUGGAGAAGGGCGGCGAGACUGCCUUCCCUGAGUCCGAGGAGGACACUGUAGUGAAGGAUGACUCGUGGAGUGACUGUGGGAAGAAGGGCAUUGCUGCCAAGCCCAGAAAGGGAGACGCGCUGCUCUUCUUCUCCCUGCACCCGGACACAUCCUUCGACCAAUCCUCCCUCCAUGCGGGCUGCCCCGUACUGGCCGGGGAGAAGUGGUCCGCCACCAAGUGGAUCCACGUGGGGAGCUUCGACCUGCCGCCCCGUGAUGCAUCUGUGUGUGCCGAUGACAACGAGAAUUGCGCGCACUGGGCGAGCAUUGGGGAGUGCGAGCGUAAUAAAGCGUACAUGGUGGGAGCGGGGGGAGCGGGGCCGCAGAGCCUUGGUUAUUGCAGAAAGAGCUGUGGGGUGUGCACAUAG